UCCGAGAAGGGUGUAAACAGUGUAACCGCAGGUGACAGUCGGCCUGUUUCUGUAGGAUUUAAAAUGUCGCCUUCAUGAGCGGCCCAGAGAAACGACACGCCGGCGAACAAAUCAGGCGGGAAGAUGAGACGCAGAGUGUCGUGCGCGUGACGAGCACCAGUGGCUGCUAGCCAUGGAGACCAAAGGGAAUGAAACCACCUUCCUCAACUUGGGGGACUUGGACCACUACCUUGUGCAGAGGGACUCUAACUUUGUUUGGCUGCUUGUGGCCACGAUCCUGUCUUGUGGGUGGAUUAUAUACCUGACGUACUACAACUCCCGCAACAUCGGCCUCAUUCUGACCCUGAUCAUCAACCGGCUGUACAAAAAUGGAUAUUUUCACAUUGGCUCCUUUUCCUUCUCUGUGCUGUCUGGGAAAGUCAUGUUUCGGGAUGUGUACUACCUCAAUGAGGACAUGUCCAUUCGGAUUCAGGAUGGUUUUCUUAUAUUCCGCUGGUGGAAAAUGUAUAACCCAAAACAAAAGCAACAUGACCCGAAGGCUGAGACCAGACUUUACAUCACUGUGAAUGGUUUUGAGUUCCAUGUGUACAACCGGACAGACCUGUACGCACGGCUGCAGGAGACUUUUGGACUGGAUCCAACCCUUUCAUCACCAAGAAAGACUGAAGAAAAAGGAAAAGAUGGCAGGGAAAAGACACUCAAGAGUGUAAACAUCAACACAGAAUCACAGGACCCAGCAUCCUCUUGGAGGUCUCUCAUCCCCGUCAUCAAAGUCAACAUUAGUACUGGCCGGGUGGCAUUCGGGAACCACUAUCUGCCGCAGACCCUGUGCCUGAAUUUUGAUGACGCCUUCCUCACUUACGCUACCAAGCCACCCUCAAGCCGCCUGGACCAAUACAUGCACAUCGUCAAGGGCACAUUGGAGAAUGUGCGGGUGAUGCUGGUGCCUAGCCCUAGAUAUGUGGGGCGGCAGAAUGACGAGCCACCCAGACUGAUGGGGGAGGGUUUUGUGGUCAUGCAGUCAAACGAUGUGGACAUUUAUUACUACAUGGAUGAACCAGGCCUGGUUACGGAGGAGGUGGACAAUGGCGAUACAGAGACAAGCGGGGAAGAAGACAAGCUUCAGGACCUCCCUCCAUGCUGGGGACUGGAUGUCGUAUUUGGGAAAGGAACCGAUUUCAACUAUGGGCCCUGGGCGGACCGGCAGAGGGACUCCCUGUGGAAGUUUUUCCUUCCAGCAGACUACCAGCCCAUGAAGGCCACGGAGCCAGCUCAGCCUGGGCAGCCACGGCAGAUCUUGGCCUUUGAGCUGCGUAUGAACAUCAUUGCGGAUGCCACCAUGGACCUCCUUUUCACCAAGAACCGGGAAACCAAUGCCAUUCACGUGAAUGUGGGGGCAGGGUCCUACCUGGAGGUCAACAUCCCCAUGACUGUCGGUGAAAAUGGUUACUCCACCUCAAUCAAAGGGCAGCUCCUACAUGUAGACACCACCAGCAGCAUGCAGUACCGGACCCUUCUGGAGGCAGAGAUGCUCGCUUUCCACGUCAAUGCCAGCUAUCCUCGGGUGUGGAAUGCGCCCCAGUCCUGGCAAUGUGAGAUUGAGGUGUACAAGGCCACAUACCAUUUCAUUUAUGCUCAGAAGAACUUCUUCACAGACUUGAUCCAGGACUGGGCAAGCGACAGUGUUCCUGACAUUUACUCCUUUGUCCCGUACUCCUGGAAAUUCAAGAUGUUCUUCCACCAGUUUGAGAUGAUCUGGGCAGCCAAUCAGCACAACUGGAUUGAUUGCUCCACCAAGCAGCAAGAGAACGUUUAUAUGGCUGCCUGCGGGGAGACCCUCAAUAUUGAUUUCAUGUUGCCAUUUAAUGAGUUUGUCCCAGCCACAUGCAACACUACAUUUUCUAUGAAGGCAGAGGACACGGACCUGCGUCUCUGCCUGCCUGACUGCCACCCCAGCAGGUACCCACUCCUCACCUUAGCCAAAGACUACCAACCCAUCAAGAGCACCCCUGAUGCUUCUAAGUCCAGUGAAGGUCAAGGAGCUGCAGCAAAGCCCAGUAAGCCCUACUGGAGGAACAUGACCCAAAUUGAAGCUGGCUGGGUGGACUGCUGGAGUGUACCCACUUUUCUGCUCAUCAUUGACUACACUUGGCACCCCAUCUACCCCCAGAAGGGCCAAGAUCAGCGGAAACAUUCCUUGUCCGAGACGGACGAGUUGUCUGUUAUGCGGCCCCCCAGCCGCGCAGCCACCUCCCAGUCCAGCAGGCUGCCAACAGAUCCCUCGGAGAUGCCCCCGGACUGCCUGCGUGUGGAAAUGGAGCUGUCUCCUGACUCCCAGUUGAUCCUCUAUGGGCCUUUGCUGAAGGCCUUAAUCUCUGUCAAGGAGAACUACUUUGGAGUGGAUGACAUGUACACGGAUUUUGAAGAGGUGGCCAGCAGCCCUGUGCUCUCCCGUUCCGCCUCUUCUGGCUCGGGCUGGACAUCCCUGGGCAUGCCAGAUAGUGAGGGGCGGCCCACGCAGCUCCAAGCCCUCAGACCCUGGGACAUCACCGUGCUUAUCAACCUGUACAAGGUGCAUGGCAGGCUACCUGUGCACUGCAGUAGUGAGGGACCUGAAUGCCCAGGGGGCUACCUGGAGCGCCUCUGCUUCGAGAUGAAGAAAGGUUACAGGGAGACCCUUUUGCAGCUGCUGCUCUCCCCCAUCCAUGUGUUCGUCAGUGACAGCUACCAGCGCCAAGCAUCAGGCAGCUUGCUACGGGAUGGCCAUCUGAGUCUGUCAGGCCUGCAGAUGCGUGCUCAUGCCAUGUUCUCAGACGAAGGUCUGCCCCCGGGCAGCGACACGUUGGAGUACGCCUGGCUCGUUGAUUUUCAGGCAGGAGCUCUCACGGGCAAAGUCACUGUGCCACAGCUGGCCAGCCUAGCAGAGUGGGGCGAGGCUUUCGUCUUCCACGUGAUGUCUCGCGAGUUCCAGCUGGAGCAGCCAAAGUCAGAGGUGACUUGUCAGCACGGGGCGGACCGCCGCCUCUGCGAUGCCAAGCUGGCCUCGCUACCCGGUCCCUGCCACACGUCAGAGGAGCUGAAGUACACGAUGACACGGCUGUCUGUGGAUGGGGUGGACCUCUUCGUCGUCGAGCUUGGCUGUGCUGCCAACAUAAAGACCAGCGCCAUCCGACUGGCCAACUGUAACCUUCAUAACCAGGCUGUGGGGGAGGGUGUGAGCGCCGUCGUGCAGGACGUGCAGCUGCGGCAGUACAUCGAGCAGCAGGAUGGAGGGAGGCUGGGCCUGCAGCCCCCUCAGAUGCGCCGUCCUCUCUGGCUGGAGGCUGGCUCGGUGAUCUUUUCUCUUCUGGCAGCAGAUGCAGCCCUUGCUGCUGACCACCCGCUCAAGCACGAGGCACAGAGACGCUUCUUGGAGCUUCACGACACUCGUACUAAACGGCUCUGGUUCCUAUGGCCUGAGGAAGCAGCAAAGAGGCGCAGCAGGGGCCGAUGCGGGUGUUUGGGCGGCUGCCGUUUCUAUGGGGGUUCAGCAACAGGCCUGGACUUCUUCCGGCUGGAACAGGUGACUCCAUCUAGCAGCUCGGCCUUUUCCAGCUCCAGCGCCGAGUCUGACAUGUGCUAUGGCCAGUCACUGCUCCGACCCAACGAGUGGAUCAUCACCAAGGAAACAACCAAGCUUUCCGAGGGGAGGUGUAAUGGCCUGAAGCGGGAGGGGCGCCCCCCUGUGCUGGACCUGGAGAAGAAGGGUCAGCAUUUGAGCCUGCAGGUGCCCUGUCGCUCUCAUAGCUCUGCGUCCUCCUUGGAAGAGAACAGUUCCUGCAGUGCCACACUGCCUCUGCUGGCAGGAGAGAGGGACAGCGCCUCAUCCAGUGCAGAUGACACUCCAGUCAACAAACUGGAGGACAGCAGCAGAGUGGUCCCCGAGGAGCCCCGCGAGAGCAAACCUGUCUCCCCUCUCCGGUCACCUCUGCGUUCUCCACUCAAGCGCCAGUCCUCUGUUGGCUCUGCCCUCCUGGGCAGCACCAAAAGCCUCUCAGCAGCUGCAUUUGGGGACAAAUCAGGGCAGGUGCCACCUGUUGUCGGGGGGUCUCUUGGUUGCGGUGCGUCUCGCAGCGAUGAGAAUGCACUGGAUUCACCUGGCCAGCGGCGCAGUGUCAGCUCUUUCCCAUUCACACCUUCGGCUGACUCCAGCACCUUCCAUCAGUACCGUUCUGUAGACUCCAGCAUGUCAGUGGCGGACAGUGAGGCCUACUUCUCAGCUGCUGAGGAGUUUGAACACACAAGCGGUGACGAAGGUCCCGGCACGUUUCCAGGCAGAAAGAGGAAACGGAGAACACAUGCCCAGCAGAUAGACUACAGCCGCAGCUCUAUAUACCACAGUGUGGAAGGACCUCUUGCCUAUGCCUUCAAUGGCAACUUCGUCACAGAGCCUCGUCUUCCUUCCCAUCAACCACCCAUCCCCAGCCAUGCUUCCCAGACCUCCUUUGUUUCCGCCCUGGGUGUCGAAGAGGAAGGCUCCAUUGAGGUGGAAAAGACCCCCCAGCCAGGAUUGCUGACCUCUGAACCCCAUGUCAUGGCAUGCUAUCACAACUAUUUAGCCCAUUAUCAGGUCUUUAACUGGUCUGUCAAGCAGCCCACCAACAAGAGGACAUCAAAGUCCUCCCUGCACCGCCCAUUGGAUCUUGACACGCCCACUAGUGAAGAAAGUUCCUCUUCCUUUGACCAGCUGUCCAUACCCACCUUCAAGGUUGUAAAGCCUGGACUCGCCGCAAGCGCUUUGCUGGAUAGAAGUGUUCCUAUGAUGGGAGACUCAGAAAGCACCCCGUACACUCCUCUGGAGUCGAAUGGAGCAGAGACCACUGAUGAAGAGACUGCAGCUGAGGACUGGAGCGUGGACCAGCCACUUGCUCAGACCAGAACCACUGCCAUCGUGGAGGUGAAGGGGGCUGUCAAUAUAGUGCUGACUCCCCUGGUAGCUGAGGCAUUGGACAGAUACAUCCAAGCAAUGGUUCAUUUUGCCAGCGUCCGCCACCCAGCAUCCAUUCUGGAUGACCUACAUGCAAAAGUGUUAAAUGAAGCUUAUCAGAUCAGCAAGUCCACAGUAUCUGACUCUAGCGCAACAAAGAAUGAGCACAGGACGUCAAAGGUGGAGAACCAAACUCUGGGGGCUAUGACCACUGCUGCUGGUCAGACAGACCUGUCAGCCAAGCAGGACAAUGUCAAGAUUAAAGGCCUCCAGGCUAAUGUGUCCAUUCCAAAGGUGAACCUGUGUCUGCUUCAGGCCUCUGUGGACGAUGCCUCCCCUUCCAGCAGCAGCAAGAUGGUCACCCAUGUGUCCUUGGUAGCCUUGUGUUUCGACAGCAUCGCCACACAACUGCGAAUGAACCGAGGCAUCGUGGAGGAAGGUGCCAAUGCACCUGAGCAUGGCAGACCUUCUGUGGCCUUGGAGAGAUAUGCAGCUGCCACCAAGAUGCAACCCCAGUCAUCUGGCUCUCUGCGUUCCAAUGCUGGUGUUGAGAAGGGCAAGGAGAUGGCUGCCAAGCUCAAUAUCCACCGCAUCCAUGGCCAGCUGCGGGGCCUGGACUCCCCAGAUAUUGGCACUUGCGUCAUCACAGCCAUCCCUUUUGAGAAGUCCAAGGUGUUGUUUAACCUAGAGGAGCUGGAUGAGUUCACUUUGGUAGAUGAGACAGAGCCCUCAGGCAGUGCCGACUCAGCACGCUCUGCCAGCAGCCUGGAGAAGUGGGGCUGGAUCAUGUUUGAGUGUGGCAUUGAAAACCUCACUGUCAAGGGUGGCCGCCAGUCGGGGGCUAUGCUCUUCAGUGCCUUUGGUGUCAUGGGCAAGGAGAGCACAGCGAAGGGUGGUACCUCCAAGUCCUCUGGUUCGCAAACAGGCAGUGGCUACAGCACUGACGUGUCAGAUGACAACUUGCCGCAUGACACCUCCAAUGCCACCGCUGCCACCAGCCCUGCCUCCGACGCCAAUGGGAAUUCUGACUCAGACGAACAGGAUGAGGGAGUGGAGUCAGAUGACUUGAAGAAAGACCUCCCCCUUGUGCCCCCACCCCCAGAUUCAAGCAGCAUGAAGCUCACCAUCAAGGAGAUCUGGUUCAGCUUUGCCGCACCCACCAAUGUGCGCUCACCUGACUUGGCCAUUUCCAGGCAGUUGAACCUCCUGAGUACAGCGACGCCAGCUAUAGGGGCCUGGCUUGUCCCCAUAGACCAGCUGAAGUCCUCACUUCACAAACUGGAUACUGAAGGCACUCUGCGCAUCUGUGCUGUCAUGGGCUGCAUCAUGACAGAGGCACUGGAGAAGAAGAGCAUCCACAUUCCGCUGCGGAGCAAGUACAAUCGAGUCACCAAGCGGGCGCGGUAUCUCCAUGAGAAUCCAUCCUGCUUGCUUUGCAACAUCCUGCACCGCUACUUGCAGCAGGCUGACUAUGGCAUCAUUGAAGAAGCCACCAUGAGCGAUGGCCUACCUGCACUGGUGACGCUGAAGAAGGGUCUCGUAGCUCUGGCCCGGCAGUGGAUGAAGUUCAUUGUGGUGACGCAGGGCUUCAAGGCCGUGGGUCUCAUGCGGCCUGCCCAACCAGCUGCUCCCAAGGAGCCUGUGGAGCAGAGUCUGGAUGAACCAGGUCCUGGUCCCCAGAGCGACACCAGUGCUGAUGGAGCCGAGUUCGAGUUUGAUGCAGCUACAGUGAGUGAACACACCAUGCUGUUGGAAGGAGUGUGCACCCGGCCAUCCCAGACAGGGGGUACUUCGGGGCAUGUCACCGGCUCUGAGAUCAUGAAGAAGCUCUCCAAAGCUCACAACCACAGUGAAUCUGGCCUCAAAAUAAAGGGGUCGCACCCGUACCAGUCCCUGAGCUACACCAGCGGGGACACCGUUGUCGACUCGCCAGCUCAUGCAGGGCGUGCCCCCCCUCCUCCCAGGGACAGUCCUCGAAAGGAGAGCCUCCUCAGCUACCUGACCGGCAGCUUCCCAAGCCUACACAACAUCCUGGAGGGCACGCCGCAGAGGGGGGCUGCUGCGGCCAAGAGCAGUUCUCUAACGCGAACUGGCAAUGCCAUGGGCUCUGACUUACUGACAGAGCACCCCCUUCUGUCUGAGCCUUCCUCCGUCAGCUUCUACAACUGGAUGUCCCAUGCCGUCGGGAACCACGGGGGCAGCACCCUGCAGGAGUCUCCCAUGAACCGCUCCCAACACAACAGUCUACAAACUGGCAUGGCAUACAACCUUCCUACCAUUCCAUCAGCGUCAGAUUUCAACGGGGUGCUUUCCAGUGAUCAGAACACAUUGGACGGCACGCAGUCUCAGCACAGCACCAGCCAGGAUGACAUGGCCGACGUUGAGGAGGGCAACCAGUGUCCAGUGGCUGUGCAGCUGGCUGAUGCCCAGGUUGUGUUCAAACCUCUGCUGACCCAAACUGGGAUCCAGUCCCAAGAUGCCACUCCUCUCAGCUACAAGAUGUACUUUGGAGAGCAUCUGUCUCUGUCUGGGACAUUGGAGUGCCUGCGAGCAGACAUUGUGGACUCAGACACGGCCAAGGAGCGGAAAAACAAAAAAACAAGGAGACAGGGCACUGUGAAUCUUCCACCUAUGGAGUUCAAACCAGCACUGAUGAUCGAGACAUUCAGUCUCAAUGCAGUUGUUAUGGAGAAGUACAUGAUCACACCCCAGAACUCUACCGCCCUUGCCUUCCACGACCUCAACCGACGGCACUACAACACUUUCCACUGCAACUUCACCAUCUCGUGCCAGUCCAUCAGCCAGUACGUGGACAUGGCGCUGGUGCGGCUUAUCCACCAGUUCAGUACCAUGAUUGAUGACAUCAAAGCAACACACACUGAUAUUAAGUUGAACCGCUAUACUGCUGGCUCUGCCUCACCGACACCGACCUUUAAAGCACGCGCACCUCGCGACUUCCGCUCCUGCGAAUUCAGCCGAAGCUCACGUGGUAGCCUCAACGGAACCCACCGUGGCAAUAGCCAGCGAGGCAAGCGACCCACGGGCCCAGACCUCCAGGCCAGGAGGGAGACACGAAGCAAGAACCCACUGAGCCGCACAGACCGACGCACCUCCAGACUGUCUCGCAAGGGCUCCCGGGAUGCAGCUGACCACACGACUGUCCAGAUGGACGACUCUGACUCCAUCACUGUGUCAGAGCAGAGCGAGCCAUCGGCUGAGUGCUGGCAGAACAUGUACAAGCUGCUCAAUUUCUACUCGCUCAUCUCAGACCCCACAGGAAUCCUAGAGAAGUCCUCACCUGAUGGCCUCCCAGAGGGUGGGCACAGUCCGUCGGAGCCCGUGUGCCGAGUGGUGUUUGAGAACGAGAAGGAGCCCUCAGACGCUCCCCGGACAGGCCGGCGACGCAGCCUGGGCAGUGUGGAUGCACAGCAUGUCACGCUUAUCGUGUUCGGGGUGGGCAUGGUGAACCGCACCCACCUGGAGGCCGACAUCGGUGGUCUCACCAUGGAGGCGGAGCUCAAGAAAAUCCAUGGAAGCUUCACGCUCAAGGAGAAAAUGAAAGAUAUACUGCACCAGAAAAUGACAGAGACGUGUGCCUCAGCUCAUAUUGGAGGAGUUAACAUAGUGUUGCUGGAGGGGAUCACACCUAAUAUUCAACUGGAGGAUUUCCCCACAUCUCCCACCUUCACGGUCAAGCAGGAGUUUCUGACGGUGGUGAAGUGCAACAUUGCAAAGUCCCAGGCACUUUACAGUGCCCAGCGUGGCCUGAAGACCAACAACGCAGCUGUCUGCAAGGUGGGCGCUAUUGCUAUCGACAUCCCCCAGCACCCUGCCACUUUGCACAGCAUGAUGGUCCGCAGCUCCCACCAGCUGUCCAAGCAGAUCUCUGACCUCAUCCGCCAACCUUCCUCUGCGCCUCCACCCAACCGGGAGGAUACCCCCACACCACUGGCUUCUGACAAGGCAUCCUCCAGCAUCAGUCAGACUCCAGUGGAGGCCACCCAGUUCCCCCAGUUGCCUGAAGGCCUGGAGAAGAAGCCCAUUGUGCUUAAAUUCAGUGCAACACUGGAUGGCAUUGCCAUUGGGGCAGCACUGUUGCCUUCGCUUAAGGCAGAGUAUAAGAUGGGCCGUAUGAAGAGUCAUGGCAUGACUGGUGCACAGACAAGGUUCACAUUCGAGCUGCCCAACCACAUGCUGCGCUUCACAUCUAAGGUGUCCCCUGUGGACUUGUCCACUGGAGCCCCAUCUGCCACCCUCACUAUGCCACCCGUCACUAUGUCUGGAGAAUACAUCAUGGAAGAGCAUGAGAGUCACUCAGACCAGGCCUCAGCCCCUGAUGACUUUCCCAGCAAGCAGGGCAGCUACCUGCAGGGCAACUACCUGCGCUGUGUGGCAGAGAUCGGCUCAUUUGAGCACAAUCUGACUACAGACCUCCUGAACCAUCUGGUGUUCCUCCAGAAGGUCUUCAUGAAGGAAGUCAAUGAAGUCAUCCAGAAAGUCUCAGGUGGGGAGCAGCCCAUUCCUCUGUGGAAUGAACAUGAUGCUUCAGCAGAUGGAGACAAACCCAAAAUCCUGCUGUAUUCGCUUAAUCUCAUAUUUAAGGGCAUCCAGAUGACAGCCACCACACCAUCUAUGCGUGCAGUGAGGCUGGAAACUGGUCUGAUUGAGUUGGAGCUUUCAAACAGGAUCCAGAACAAGGCUCAGCCUGGCAGCAGCAGCUACCUCAAGCUCUUUGGGAAGUGCCAGGUGGACCUGAACCUGGCACUGGGUCAGAUUGUGAAGCACCAGGUGUAUGAAGAAGCUGGCUCAGACUUCCACCAGGUGGCGUAUUUCCGGACACGCAUUGGCCUGCGGAAUGCCCUACAGGAGGAGAUAAGUGGUUCCUCAGACAAGGAGGCUGUGCUCAUUACCCUGAACCGACCCAUUGUUUAUGCCCAGCCCGUGGCCUUUGACCGAGCGGUGCUCUUCUGGUUGAACUACAAGGCAGCGUAUGACAACUGGAAUGAGCAGCGGCUGGCAUUGAACAAGGACAUUCACUUGGCCACCAGGGAGGUGGUGGAUAAACUGCCUGGUAUCCAACAGACCUCCGCCCAGGCCUUCAGUACACUCUUUCUGCAGUUGACGGUCAAUGACCUGGGCAUCUGCCUACCCAUCACCAACACUUCCCAGGGAAACCACAGCAUGGACUUUGAUACAGGCUCGGCCCUAGUUCUGACCAUCGACAGCACGCUCAUCACGGCCUGCUCCUCAGAGUCACUGGUCAGCAAGGGCCACUUCAAGAACUUCUGCAUUCGUUUUGCUGAAGGCUUUGAGACAUCCUGGGAUGACUGGAAGCCUGAAGUGCGAGGUGACAUCGUCAUGAACGCCUGUGUUGUCCCUGAUGGCACGUAUGAGGUGUGCUCCAGAACCACGAGUCAGCCUUCAGCAGACAGCAGCAGCGCUGGUACCUGGACGCUGAACGUUCUGUGGAAGAUGUGUGGAAUUGAUGUCCACAUGGACCCCAACAUUGGCAAGCGUCUGAACGCCCUUGGCAACACGCUCACGUCAUUAACUGGGGAGGAGGAUGUGGACGACAUCGCUGAUCUUAACUCCUUCAAUGUGGCAGAACUGUCGGACGAGGAUGAAGUGGACGGCGGAUCCCCAACAGGCCAUGUGGAACCCAUAGAUCACAAGCGCCAAAUGGCUGUUGUAAACCAAAUCAAUGAGGCACGGGGGCGCAAAUUCUCCAAGAGAAUAGUGGAUAUCAGAGAGCUGAAUGAGCAAGCCAAAGUCAUUGAUGACCUCAGGAAAUUGGGUGCAAGCGAAGGAACAAUUAACCAGGAGAUCCAAAGGUACCAGCAACUGGAAUCUGUUGCUGUCAAUGACAUCAGGAGAGAUGUAAGGAAGAAGCUGCGGAGGUCGAGCAUGAGGGCUGCAUCUCUGAAAGACAAGUGGGGUCUGGGUUAUAAGCCAAGCUACAGCAGGUCCAAGAGUAUAUCUGCAACUGGAAGAGCACCCCUUUUGAGGGCAGACCGCACAAGGAUCGGGGAUGGAGAGGACCUCCCCGAAAUUCGAGUGGACACAGCCUCCCCAGGACCUCGAGUGACUUUCAGCAUCCAGGACAUGUUUCCCGAGGAGGCGGAAAUGGAGACUUUGGCCGCCUCCGCUGACGAGCCAUCACCUCAUGCCCAUUUCCCAUCUGUUAGCGACGGGCCGUGCUCGGUGUUCAGUGCCCCUGGCACCCCUGCCGUCUUCUCACCCAGCCUUCCCUUCCAGCCCGAGGACAGCAGGCGGGGCGACACCUCGUCCUCCUCCUCCGAUGAAUCGGACGAGGAGUACAGCAGGGAGACGCAGCGUGGCUACAGCAGGAGGCCCAUGCCAGCCUCUGGCUUCGCUGCCGUGAGCCAGCUGUUUGGUGAGGGCUGGGCAGGAACUCAGAGUGGCCAGGGCGGGACAAGCUCGGCUACUGAGCGCAACAUCGACUUUGAGCUGGAUGUACGUGUGGAGAUAGACAGUGGCAAGUGUGUGCUGCACCCGAGUCCACUGCAGGGUGAACAUGACGAGGUCUCCCUUAGGAGGAGCUGUGACCGCAGCUUGAAGAGUCUGGAUCGGGAAUCCCCACCGAAGAAGAAGAAACUUCAGCCCACCUACCCGUCCACGGCACACCUACUCACUGGAAAGAAGGGGCCUUCCUCCCUGCAGACCAAGCCUAGUGACCUGGAGACCACCGUCUUCUAUAUUCCAGGGGUGGAUGUAAAGCUGCACUACAACUCCAAGACCCUGAAGACGGACUCGCCGAGUGUCUCACGCGGCUCCUCCCUGCCAAGGACCCUGUCUAAAGAGUCCAAGCUCUUUGGUAUGAAUGACGCCGAUAGCAACAGCGCUCCUCAUCUGAACCCAGCCCAAAACACGACUGACCCGCUCCUUUCCUCCCUUCCCCCACCUCCCCCAUCAGUUAAAGGAAAGAACAUUAGUGGGGUGAAGAUGGCCAAGCUGUAUGCCUGGGUGGCCUUGCAGACACUGCCCGAGGAGAUGGUCAUCAGCCCCUGUUUGCUGGACUUCCUAGAGAAGGCUCUGGAGACCAUCCCCAUAACGCCUGUGGAAAGGGCCUAUACUGCCAUUAGUUCCCAGGACGAUGACCUGGGCCAGUUUGAGCCGGUGGAUCCUCUGGAGGAGUCCACCACAUCUCUGGUGUCUUCAUCCACUUCGGCUUAUUCCUCCUUCCCUGUGGAUGUAGUGGUCUAUGUCAGGGUGCAGCCAUCACAGAUUCGCUUCAGCUGCCUGCCCAUGUCCCGUGUGGAGUGCAUGCUCAAGUUGCCCUCCCUUGACUUGGUGUUCUCCUCCAAUCGUGGUGAGCUGGAGACCCCUGUGCAAACUGAUGGUUCUUCUCUGGCUCUUACUGUGCUCAAAAGCAACACCAGCAAAGGGUCAUCCCCAGGUAGCCCGAUGGGCCGCAGCAGGCACAGUAGCAACCAGUCGGACCUGCCAACAACAGCAACGAGCCCUGCGAGCUCCUCGGGGCUCAGUUUCACAGCCUGCAUGUCUGACUUCUCGCUCUAUGUGUUCCACCCAUACGGCGCUGGGAAACAGAAGUCUGCUGUCACAGGCCUUCCUCCAGCUCCAGGCUCAAUGGGAGAGGAGCCAUCCUCGGUGACUGGAAGGAAGGAUUCGCUUAGCAUCAACCUGGAGUUCGUGAAGGUCAGCCUGUCCAGGAUGCGCCGUACAGGGGUGCCUACUUUCAUUGAUGGCUUCACUCCUGGCAAGGGGGGCAAGACGGAUACCACGCUCAUCAACAUCUCAGCCGUGUGUGACAUUGGUUCAGCGUCCUUCAAGUAUGACAUGCGGAGGCUAAGCGAGAUCCUUGCCUUCCCCCGCGCCUGGUAUCGUCGAAGCAUUGCCCGUCGCCUUUUCCUUGGGGACCAGACAGUGAACAUGGCCUCAUCUGUCCCUGGUACCCCUGAGUCAGCAGAGAACGGCACCCAGCGCUUUUCCCCUGAGGCCUCACGGCGGUCCCACUGGAGGCCAGGGGAUCCUUUAACUCCAUCCUCUCCCAGCGCAUUCGGAGAACACACCCUGUCCCAUAUCAAAUCCCCUGCUGCUGCACGCUCCAGGAACAUGUCCGAUUCCUCGGCCUCCAGGAGAGAUUCUGUCACCAGGACAUCCACUCCAUCAUCUACCAAGAACAAUAAGCCAGGUGGCCAGCAGGGGGCACCCUGGGAGACUCUUGUAGUGUUCGCGAUCAACCUCAAGCAGCUCAAUGUGCAGAUGAACAUGAGCAACGUCAUGGGCAACAACACGUGGACUACCAGCGGGCUCAAGAGCCAAGGCCGGCUGUCGGUGGGCAGCAACCGGGACCGGGAGAUCAGCAUGUCUGUGGGACUGGGGCGGUCCAGACUUGACUCCAAGGGGGGCAUCGUAGGUGGCACUAUUGACGUGAACACGCUGGAGCUGGUCGCACACAUCUCGGAGCAUCCAGGCCAGCAGCCCAGUCAUAAGAUCCAGAUCACCAUGGGUUCCACAGAGGCCCGAGUGGACUACAUGGGCUCCAGCAUCCUUAUGGGCAUUUUCAGUAAUGCUGACCUUCAUCUGCAAGAUGAGUGGAAAGUCAACCUCUGCAGCACAAUGGAGCCCAGUGUCUCUGAGAAAAGUGAAAUCUUUAUCCAUGGUGAUCUUCAGUGGGACAUCUUCCAGGUGAUCAUUUCCCGUUCCACCACACCUGACCUCAUCAAAAUUGGCAUGAAGCUGCAGGAGUUCUUCACUCAGCAGUUUGACACCAGCAAGCGGGUCCUGUCCACAUGGGGUCCUGUCCCUUAUAUGCCACCAAAAGCACCAGUUGUCAAUGUUGAGAAGGGCGCUGCUGAGCUUUAUAUGGAUGCCGCCCACCAUCGCCACUGGCCUAGCGUGCUGAAGGUCAUCUCUGGGUGCCAUAUCUCCCUCUUCCAGAUGCCCCUCCCAGAGGACUCUGUGCAAUUAGGGGGUUCCAUGAGUCUCCAUGGUAACCACAUGACCCUGGCCUGUUUCCAUGGGCCAAACUUCCGCGCCAAAUCUUGGGCACUCUUCCACCUGGAAGAGCCUAACAUUGCUUUCUGGACAGAGGCACAGAAGAUACUGGAAGAGGGCUCUUGUGAUGACUCCACGUACAUCGUACAGACUCUGGACUUUCAUCUGGGUCACAACACCAUGGUCACCAAACCAUCCGGUGCUUUUGAGAGCCCCAUGGCCACAAUCACCAAAAUAACACGUCGGCGACAUGAAAAUCCCCCACAUGGAGUGGCCAGCGUCAAAGAGUGGUUUAGCUAUGUGACUGCAAUGAGAAAUGAAGACCUAAACCACCUAAGGAACGUGGAAACCAGUGCCAGCACUACAGAGACUGGAGUGGCAGCCAAGUCACUCAGCGAGAAGAGUGGCUUCAAAGGGUCCUCCAGCUACAACCACGAGUCGGAGACCAUCUUUGCUCUGCCACGAAUGCAGCUGGACUUCAAAUCCAUCCAUGUUCAGGACCCCAAAGAGCCCUGUCUUACAGAUGCCAGCAGCAAGCCCAAGGUAGAGUGCAGCGUGGUGACUGAGUUCACCGACCAUAUCUGCGUCACCAUGGACGCAGAGCUCAUCAUGUUCCUACAUGACCUGGUGUCAGCGUACCUAAAAGAGAAAGAGAAAGCCCUCUUUGCACCCCGGGUGCUGUCAGCUCGACCUGGACAGAGGAGCCCCAGCGCUAUCCACGACAAGAGCUCCACCGAGGAGGACAAGGAAGAUACGACCAACUACACCACCGUGGACUGGAGGGAGUUCCUGUGCAACACUUGGCAUCUGGAGCCCACUGUAAGAUUAAUUUCCUGGACUGGGCGCAAAAUUGACCCUGUUGGUGUGGACUACAUCCUCCAGAAGCUGGGAUUCCACCAUGCCAGAACCACCAUUCCAAAGUGGCUUCAAAGGGGCGUGAUGGACCCCCUGGACAAGGUCCUCUCUGUCCUAAUUAAGAAACUGGGCACGGCCUUGCAGGAAGAAAAAGAGAAAAAAGGACGAGACAAGGAGGAACAUUGAAAAGUUCAACAUUUACCUGUGUGUCACUUUAUGAAAGCCUAACAAAAUGUGAAAAAGCUCCAUGUAUAGAUUUUUUUUAAACAAACAUGAAACACUGUACUGUCUCUUCACUACUGUACAUUGCCAUUUUAAUAGGCACGCACAUUGUUUAUUGCCCAGCUGGGUGAGUUUCAAUAUGUUUACGAAAAUGCAUGUUGCCAUGGAGGGUGUUAACAUACAGUGUUGCAAAUUGCUGUAAUAUGUAUAUUUUGAUCAUAUUAGGGUAAAAUUAUAUUUCUGCUUAGGCAACUUUUUUAAUUAUGUGCAAUAGACUAAUGUAUAUAAAUGACUU